UACUUUUCAGAGAGAGUCAACGUAAAGCAAUUUCCCGCUGGAAGAAACUUCCAUUUCCAUCCAUGGUCAUGAACGACGGGUUUGCAGCAGAUCCUCUUCUGGGCUGGCUAUUAAAUUUCCUCCUAAAUGAAGCUCCGUUUUCGCCAUGGCUUCUCGAUUUUUUCUCGCAUUUUCUCUCUGUUUCCUUUGCUUCUUCCCCUUCUUUUCUCGCUCCGCCAAUCGCUUGCCGAAAUUGCUCUUACACAACAACAACAUGGAUCAAUCUGUUAUUAGGAUGAAAACGGUCGGUUCCCCCGUUACAAUCGAUCCCACUCGUGUUAUUAAGCUUUCAUCCAAACCCAGGGCUUUCUUAUAUAAGGGAUUUUUGUCUGAAGACGAGUGCCAACAUCUUAUCAAUUUGGCAAAGGGCAAGCUACAACAAUCAUUGGUGGCGGCUGAAACGGGUGAGAGUGUUACAAGUCAAGAACGGACGAGUACCGGCAUGUUUCUUACGAGGGCUCAGGAUGAAAUAGUUGCUCGCAUCGAGUCCAGGAUUGCUGCGUGGACCUUCCUUCCCAUUGAUAAUGGGGAGCCUAUUCAAAUACUAAGGUAUGAGAACGGUCAGAAAUACGAGCCACAUUUUGAUUUUUUUCAAGACCCAGUUAAUAUAGCUAUUGGAGGUCAUCGGAUAGCCACAAUUUUGAUGUAUUUGUCCGAUGUUGAAAAGGGUGGAGAAACAGUCUUUCCCAAUUCUCCGAUUAAAUUAUCCGAGCAGGAAAGGGCUGACUUGUCUGAUUGCGCUAAGGUUGGCUAUGGAGUAAAACCAAAGAUGGGUGAUGCUUUACUGUUCUUCAGUCUGAAUCCAAAUGUGACACCAGAUGCGACCAGCUAUCAUGGGAGCUGCCCGGUGAUAGAGGGUGAGAAAUGGUCUGCAACUAAAUGGAUUCACAUGCUUCCAAUUUAUGAAAUUUGGAGGAAUCCAGCUUGUGUGGACGAGAAUGUCCAGUGUAGAGCGUGGGCAAAUGCAGGUGAGUGUGAAAAGAAUCCUGUUUAUAUGAUGGGUUCUAAGAAUGAACUUGGACAUUGUAGGAUGAGUUGCAAAGUGUGCUCUCCUCCCUCAUAAAAACAAAUGAUUCUUUUAUUUAUACACAAAUCAGGAAGUAAGAGUUCUUUCUUCUUACACAUGUACACAUGUAAAUGUAAAUGACUUUGAGAGGUUUCACUUGAUUCAAA